AUGGGGAAAGUAUAUGAUUUGCCUAGGAUAUCCGGCUUCUUGGUCAUAGUGGGGCUAGUGCUAGGUAUCGAUAUAUCGGCUAUGGCUGUGUUCAUAAGUUCGGACUACUUUAACAGAUAUUUUCACUACCCUAAUGCAUUUGAACAGGGCAUGGUGUCUGGAGCGCAUCCUAUGGGAGGAUUAACGGGCUGCCUUCUAUUCGGUUAUGUUGGCGAACGUGUCAGCAGACUCGGCUGUUUUCGUUAUUUUACCUUUAUAUGGAUAAUCGGAUGCAUUGUGUCUGUUCUCGUCAUGGAUAUCUACAUGGUAGCCAUUGGGAGGUUCAUAAAAGGGGUAGCAGUGGGUUCGUUAUCGGUGGUGGCCUCUGUGUACCUUGUUGAGAUCUUUCCCAGCAAUCGAAAGGGAAUUGCAACCGCGCUAGUUCAGCUAACUUUAACGUUCGGUAUUUUCUUGAUGUAUAUGCUAUGCUGGACAUUCAGUCGCUUUAACAACCAUAUGGCUUUCCGGAUCUCAUGGGGGCUCGAGAUUAUUCCUGCUGUGGCGUUGAUCUCGGGUACUCUAUUCGUUCCUGAGUCUCCAAGAUGGUUUGUAAUGCAAGGACAGUAUAAAAAAGCCCAGGAAAUAUUAACACUGCUCAACUGCAGAUCAAAGAAUGAGUUUAACAAACAAACGUUGUUAAAUAUGUACGGCGAUACAGCAAAGGCAAGUUUCAAAGACUUAAUAAAACUGCCAUAUAUCAAGCAGCUUAUCAUGGGGAUGACAAUACAGGCAUUGGUGCAAUUUACCGGAAUAAAUGUGGUGAUGUAUUAUGUUGUCUAUAUUUGUGAGAUGGCCGGUCUUGAGGGACGUGAGAAAAUGAAUGUUGCGAGUAUACCAUAUUUAUUGAAUAUCCUUUUUACCUUUAUUCCAUUGCAUCUCCUUGAUAGGGUACAGAGGAAAGUCCUUAUCGUGUAUGGCUCCUUUGCGUUAGCUGCAAUAAUGAAUUUAAUUGGACUCACUAUGUGGAUUCAUGGUCACGACGUUAGCCCCAUCAAUGGUAACCCAGCGUUGGUCUGGAAGCUAUCGCCACUAGGAGGGCAAAUCACGAUUUCUCUAUGUUUUGCCUUCAUUGCUAUAUUCGCCAGUACUCUAAGUUGUGCUGGCUGGCUUUACACAAAUGAGGUACUAGCUGACAAAAUUAGAUCCAGGGGCUUAUCAAUAUGCAUGAGCGUGAGUUGGAUUUGCAAUGCGGUGUUGACAUUCUUAUCGCCACUAAUGAUGUCCACAAUGAAAUGGGGAACAUUCUUUUUAUUCGGAAUGGUCACUACAAUGCUUACAAUAAUAGUAUGGCUGGCAUUCCCAGAAACGUUGGACAUCUCUUCUUCUGCACCAAAAACGGAAUCAUAUGAGGGGGGGAAUACCAAACCCAUAGCGGAAACAAAAGAGCACGCAGAAAUAUUGGAAAAUGAGCUCAAGGUUGCAAGUUCGGCGAGUAUGCAAGGCCAGAGUACCGAUACUGAGGAGUUAGUUGAGAUCAGCUACCGCUCAGCUGCUCCACCGCCGGAGUCGAUAAACGAAGAUAUUACGCUACAGCCACCCCCACCAGCAAUCCAAAAAGAAACCUUAGCACCAAAAAGGAAGACCGUACAGACUCAGAUCGAGUCACUUUUUGCCGCCAAAGCAGCGGGACAGAGACUUAGUCCAGAAGAUGAAGAUAUUAUGAUCACAUUAACCGCAAUCAGUAGUGAUUUUUCUGGGGUAUCUGUCAGGGAUCUUCAUAAUAAAUUCAGAAGCAGUCGUCUGGGGACUGAACGCGACGUAUUCAGCGCGGCUCCUGGCUUAGACUUAAAUGGCCUUGGUACCUCAGACGGGAAAUUAAGUGAUCGAAAAUCAUAG